AUGCUGUCUUGUUUGUCGAUUCUGCUUGCGUUCACAGUUGCCCUGGUCGCCGGCGCCGACGGCGUCAGCACCAAUGCAACUUGCAGUAGUGCGUUUGCGUGGUCGUUCAAUUCGCUCGGUCAAACGCCCUGUCUCGUUGCUGCAUAUCUAGGCUCGACGUGCAAUAACGGAUUGUUCAUGGUCCCGGCGCUUACUUCACAGAACAACGGGUAUAUUGGGCCGACUGUGAGCCAGGCAGCGGCGAGUGAGCAAUGUGCAUGCUCGAGCGUGUUCUACUCGCUGCUGAGCGCAUGCGCGGAUUGCCAAAGCGGCUUGGUUAUUCCAUGGGACACCUUCAAGACAAACUGCAGCCAAGUUUUCGAGGCGGUAUUCGCGAAAAGCAUUCCGACUGGCACCAGUGUACCACAUUGGGCAUAUCAAAAUUUUCCUUCUGGCGGAAGUUUUAAUGCGACAUUGGCGCAACUGCAACUAAACGCACCUGAAUCAACCUCUACUCCGACCGCGACUUCGGCCCCUCCUGCGGCAUCUUCACAUCCAUCUUCUAAGAAGUCCAAGGCCGGGCCAAUAGCAGGCGGUGUUGUGGGAGGAAUCGCAGCCCUGGUUUUACUUGGUAUCGCCGUUUUUUGGUUCUUGCGUCAGAGAAGACGGGGCGGCACCCUUGUCCCCGGUUCGGUGAGCAUUCGCAGCACGGGCACAGGCGAGAUAACUCCGUACACCUCUGCUAACCCGACGCCGAAACUCUACAACCCCGCUGAUCCUUCAACAUUUCCUUCGUCUCCGUCAACGAGGAUGUAUGCAGGAAGUAGAGUCCACAGCCCAUCCGCAUCAGGAGGGACGAUGACAGAGUUGUCGAUGCAUCGCACUACACAGUAUAGUGGUGCCCCAGAGGUUUAG